AUGGUCGACCUGGAAAAUCCCCGUCCUGGAUGCUUUGCGGGGAGUGACGCCCCUUCCCUUAUUCUCUCGACAGCCUUUGUCCUGAGUGUUUGCUUCUUCUCGACUGAAGCCAUAUUUAAGCCGACAAAUAUCACGGUGGAUCCCCCGAACCCGAUGGAAGGAGGAAGCGUCCGCCUCAUCCCGGUCACUAGUCCUCGAGACAUAGUGACUUGUCGCUGGUUCCGAGGGGCAACGGACGGGGAUAGUACCAUCGUUGUCUUUUUCUUCUAUCCGCGCCCGGUGUCUAGGAAUAGGACAAGCUACACCGGGCGAGAGACCCUGAAUGCCAACUGCACCCUUGAGAUCACAGACUUAACCGUCAACGACACUGCCAACUACACCGCCCUGCUAGAGAGCCCCUUUGAAAGUCGGCUUGGGACCGUGGAGCUUGUGAUCAGCGGUAGGCUUCCAUAACCCUUGGUGCCAUAGCCCUAGAAUGUCGAGUCAGUGAAAUAUGGCACCCUGUAACAUUUUGGGGAUACAGAACUUCCCUGAUGUUAUGCCAAGAAGAUUUUGAGCAAUAUGACACUCUA